GAAACUGGUGUCCCUCCAACUGCAACGAUCAGAAGCUUCCUCGCUAAAUCGAAACCGAAAGUGUCACCGCGCCUGAACUGAGAAUGCACAAUGUAUCUGGAAAUGUUCCUGUUGCUUUUUUGUAUCUUUGCUGCCGGAAUCGUGCAGGCACAGUAUGGCCGAAGGAUUCCAGGCAGAAAGUUGGACUGCGUGUUUGUGGAACAAAAACAAAAUGAAGGGACUGAUAUGUUUGGACCAACGACCCUCAAGAGGAAGGCAAACCUACUAUUUGGUGAUAUCAUUACGAAUGAGGAGGCCAUUAUUUUUAAAGUUCAAGAAUCUUCAUUAGAUAUUUUCCAAUAUGCGGACAAGAAACUGGACACAGUGGGAUGUGAAAUUAGUCGGUAUUCUACUCAUGGCAUCCAUGUGCCCUGGCCACACCAGGGUAAGGAGACCAUUGAGGACGUAUGGUUCACAGUGACUUUAAAAUAUUUACCUAGCAGAUUCACUGUAACCAGCUUCAUGAGGAUGGUAGAAGAGCCCGAUAGCCAGAAGGUUGAGAAAAGUGAAGCAAAAACUGAUGAUGAAGAUUUAGUCAUCGCUGACACUGACACUCUGUUAGUUCAAGUGGCCUAUAUUGUGCACACCAGGACCCCAUUGAUCAGAGCCAAAUUGAAGCAAGACCUUGUUCUGGACUGUGGCUACACGAUUGAUCACAGCACCGACUUUAACAUUGACUGGCGAUACCAGCACAAAGGGAAUAAGAAGAAAUUAUUUGCCUACAACGGGCGACAUCAGCGGGUUGAAUACAUUGAGAAAGGAGUUGAAUUAUUCAUGGACCAGAUCAAGCAGGGAAAUGCUUCACUCCUCCUAAGAAACAUUGGCGUUAAAGAUGAGGGAUCCUACCUUUGCUCUGUGUAUGUGCCUCCACUCUUUGGAACUCACACCAUCGAGGUGGAGAUUAUGGAGUCGCCCAUUGUCUCAGUGUACCCCAAUUCGGUUUCCCUUAUAGAAGGGGAUGAGCAAAAGCUGGUCUGUGACGCAGGGAGGUAUUAUCCACUUGAUGUAGAGGUGAAGUGGCUGCGGCAGAAGGGUGAGAGGCACAUGCUGCCCGUUUACAUGACCAAUGUCGUCUUCUCACCCCACAAGCGGAACAUGGAUGGCACCUACAACGUGACCAGCUUUUUCCGGUUCACAGCGUCCCUCAGUGACAACGGUGUUACCUAUACAUGUCGAGUUGAGCACGUCAGCAUAGACAAACCAAUCAAACGCUACAUCCAAGUGAGUGUAGAAGCACAAUCUCGGACACUUCAGUUUCUCUUACUGUCAAUUGUGAUCAUCUUAAUCUGCGCUGUUGUGAUCACGCUGCUGAUUUACUUGAAAAAAGUUGCAGAAAAAAACAAGAAGAAGCCAUACUGAGCACUGUAAAUGAGGAUUCAAUGAGAAAUUACAUUCCCUGAUGAAAGUGGGCUAUAGCUGCAACUUAUUGCUUUAUUGAACUCCCCCCAGAAGCUGCGAUAUUCCAACUUGGUCCAUCAAGCCACGACAUGACCCUGAAGGAUGCUAUUUGUCUUCAAGGACUGGUUAUGACGAUAGUCACCAGCGAGAGUAUUCGCAGUUUGAAACUGAAAGUUGAGCAUUGUGGAAAGGUGACUUUAUUGAGAUGGUAAAACCUUUCAGGCAAUAUAUCCCUGCCUGCUGAUAUGGUUAAGACAUUUCUUUUGGUCAGUCUGUCCACAUUGUCUCGAAUGUUAGCAUUAACCCAAUUUUUUUAUAGCCUGGCUGAGGUGUUACAUUUUAUUUAAUUCCAUUUUUUUAAAUAAAACCUUUCAUCUCUUUAUGUUCACCUUCUUUUUCCAAAGAAGGGAAGAUAAGGAGGGCAGAUUCAUUGUGUGUGGAGGUGGUGGAUAUUAAAUAGGCAUUCACUGGGGCUCCUAUAAAUAGUGAAAGCCUGAAACUACUGCUGUUGGGUUAGGGGAUGUGUGCUUGUAAUGCAUUACUCUGCAAAUAACAUAUGCCAGUCCUCUCCAUCACUAUGCCCAAGCGGAGCUGGCAAAAAGCAAUUCCUAGUGAAUUUAUUUUCUCUCUCUCCACUAUCUCCCAUUGGCUCCAUAGCUGAUUCCCAGUCUAAAGAGCACUGUGAGAGUAUUGUCACCACCAGAGGAUUUCACUGCUUCAGGGAGAGAGGCAUUCCAUCACCAACUCGGGGCAAUCAGCAACAGGCAGUAAAUACAGCCUUGCCAGUGUCACCCACAUCCUGAGAACUGAAAUAAAUACCGGGAAAACUUACAACCACCGCCUCCAUCUCCCAACAUUUGAUUGCCACCUCCUUUGUUUUGACAACUGAGUUCCAGCAAUCUAUUGGUUUUAUUGGUUGGUUGCGGGAGUCUUGAAUCGACCAGGGCUCCUAGCUUUCAUUCAUUUUCUUCUUUAGCUAUUUUAGGGUCUUCCAUGGUUCUGGGUAUGUUGCUCCUUUUUCCUUGCUGUAUGUGUUAGUCUGCAUUACUCCUCAUGGCCAACUGCUCUGGCUAUUUGCACAUUUUGCCCACCCCAUAGUGCCAUUUCCGAACCGGCCUGAUAAAACUCCAUUGUCUGCCCGUUUCGGUUUGAUAUCCUCUGCAGAUCUGACCAUUUUGCACCAAGAUCCUGAACCCAGGUCACCCACUUAAGCUCUUUCACAGUCCUACGCAGAAAUGUGCCUCAGAUCUGAGGACAGGGAAUCCAACUAAAAUACAGUAGAACAUCACCGGGGGUGAGCUUUACAAGCACUUGUUGCUUUCUCUUAUUUUUGUAAAACAGUUAUGCCAACAUUUUCUGCUCUUUUUAAUUGUCCUAUUUCUGGUGUAAAAAGUUUACAUUGUCAAUGAAAGCAGUUUGCUUACCUGUGUACAUUGCUCAUUAUGGCACACAGUUCUUUGCAAAUGGGACAUCUAUGUAAUAAGUGAGAGCUGUACACAUUUCCUAAUGUAAUGAAUUGAACGAAAACUUGAUUUUACUGAGUUUGUCUUAGUCAUAGGGGAUAUACUUUUUAUUCUGUACUUCUUUCACUGGAAUAAAUGUGCUGAUUCUGUGAUUUCUCAGACUUAACACUGAUACAAAAAUAAAUGCAAAUAACAGUUCGAAUGAU